UGCACAUACAUGUGCGCGCACUUGACACCUGUUAACUCUCGUUCCGCGGGCUUUUGAUAUGUGCCAUUGUUGUGACUCUCGCACUACGUGGACUACCUCAAAACUGUGACGCCAGGUCGCCAUGGAAACUGCUUUAAGCUCCAGGCUCUGAGAGAGCAGAAGGUGUGGGAUAUUUAAGAGUUUCAGAACCACGAUCUGCCUGAACAGCGACCGCGCUCCCGCCGCACUCCCCAGCUGUGGAAUUCAGCCUAAUGAACCCUGAAGGUCUGACCCGAUGACCAAAUCACUGUCGGAUUAACCCUGGAAAAUCAGCAUUGACGUCCUGCCACUCUUACGUUUCUGCGCAUCGAGGGAUCAAGUGAACGCAAUAGAGAUGGAAGAUGACCGGCGGUUUCACAAACUGACGCAAGAACAGGUGGAGACAUUAGACCAAGUUCUUACCGAGGUCAUUCCCAUUCAUGGUAGGGGCAACUUCCCAACCCUUGAAAUCAAGCCCAAAGACAUUAUCCAUGUAGUCAGAAACAGACUGAUUUUGAAGAAAAUCAAGGUAAGAGAUGUACGUCUCAAUGGCUCUACAGCCAGCCAUGUGCUGGUUAAAGAAAACGGCACCAGCUAUAAAGACCUGGAUAUCAUCUUUGGUGUUGAGCUUCCCAAGCCAGAGGACUUCCAGAUUAUCAAGGAGGUAGUUUUGAGCUGUCUUCUGGACUUUUUACCUAAAGGAGUCAACAAAGAUAAAAUCACAGCUCUCACCAUGAAAGAGGCAUAUGUUCAAAAAAUGGUGAAGGUUUUCACUGAGCAUGACCGUUGGAGCCUUAUCUCCCUCUCAAACAAUAGUGGUAAGAAUGUAGAGCUCAAGUUUGUCAACUCUCUACGACGACAGUUUGAAUUCAGCGUGGACUCCUUUCAGAUCAUCCUGGACAGCAUGCUGCAAUCUUAUUUGGAUGCCGAAAGGAGAAAAGCUGCAGAAGGACAAGAAGACCAUGACUCCACUUCUGCUCAAAGACAAGAGAUUCAGUCGGACUUCAUGGAUGAAACAUUCCUCAGCUCUUGUGACAUAGGUCAUCAUCAGGAAAGUGAUGUUGACAUGUCUUGCAAAACAAAUGAAACGCAGACCUUCAGUGACUUUGAGUGUUAUUGUAAAAUGAGUCCGAAUGAGCAGUUUAAACAUCCAGAGCAAGAACCAACCCUUGAAACAGACAAAGAUGUUAAAACGGAGAUAGUUGAAACUACAACAAUGACUGUAUCCAUAGAGCAAGUGUCAGAGAACUCUGUUACAAUGCAUGUCGAAGAAGAAAAAGAACUUCAUGAAAAUUUGUCUUUACAUACACAGACAUUGGUAGAGGUAGAUGCAAAGGAAACAUGUUGUGACUCAGGUGGGGGAACUGAACAGGUUGGGAUAAAAACCAUGCCUGUUAUAGAACCAAAUACCCCAGUUAAUACAAAUUUUAGCGAGACAGAUUCUACCAAAACAGAGUACAUGUUAGACAUAGAGCCAGUAAAUUCCCAAUCGUGGCUUGAUGUGGUACAUGCAGACUUUUCUUGUCUUUCAACAAAAGGGAAAUUUGGUGAGCGAUGCACAUUCCAACCUGCUCCCAUUAAAUUUGUAAAGCAAGCAUCACUAGAAUCAUAUGCUGAGUAUCCUCUACCACCCCCUGCAAAGAAAAACAGCCAAAACUCACAAAUGGUUGUUCUCAAGCACUCCUCACCCAAACCACCUCGGAAAAUGUCAAAAAAGACAACUCUUGUACCAUGUUCACCAGAAAAAUCUGUCUCAAAUAAUUUAGAUGUUAACACUUGUCAGGUUUUGCAUCCACCUAAUGCUAACCAGAAAGAUUCAUUACCUAUGCAGGUGAAAUUGUCAGGUCUUACCACAAAAAGCUUUGAAUUUUCCAGUGCCUCAGAAAAAGACUCCGAUGAGUCUAAAAAACUAGCCACUUGUACUGGAGCUUUUACUGUUGCUGCUCCAGAGAAUGGUGUGCAUUCAGAAGACACUUUGCACACGAGUCUUUCACCAGAGAAAAGCUUUCAAAGUCGAGCACAAAGCUCAGAACCAGAAACUGGUGAAACUACUCAUGUCACUAUGUUAAACCCUACAUCAAAUCCUAGUAGUCUCCCCAAAGAUCAAAACAGGAUGAACCAGCCUUGUAGCGAAAGCAUUCAGGCAACACAGUGUGAACCAACGGUACCUCUCAUUAAUGUAAAUUCUAAACCUUUGCUUCAGACAAAUGACAGUUAUUGCUUCAACUCAGCCUCUCUCAAAACACAAGAUAAUGACUCAUGUACCCAAGUCAAAGACCCCACGUCACCAGAACAUCUUAGUCAACCCUUAGAAUCCACCACUAAGGCAUCUCAAAUAGUAAAACUAUUGUCUGCAGACCACACUAUUGAUUCACAAGUGGUACUGACCAAUUUGUCGAGUUCAGAACAUGUUAUAUCACCUCAAAUUCACAACUAUUCCAUGCCCAUAAAGCAGACUCAGGAACUUCUUGUGCCAAACCCACAGAGUAAAGAACCCCCAACAUAUGUGUUAGAACCGCAUGUCUCUUUGCCAGAGGUUCAAAGCCUCACAGUAUCACCACCACUUUUUUCAACAUCACCAGAACCUUCCACAACAGAAACUUUAGAAUCUCCUAGAAUCCCAGAACCUCUUUUAGAACCACCUGAGGCCAUUGACCCCUCUGAAGUAAUAUUUGACGUUUUGGAACCACCUGAAAUACUUUCAGAGGUUUUGAAACCCUUUGCAGUUUCAUUUUCAGUAUUAGAAACAUCUACAUCCUCAGUAAGUGAGGCAGUGGUUUCCGAAAUAUCCGACACAUCAGUUUUAGACACCAUUGAGCCUAUAACCCCUGCUAAAGAGCUACCUUUUGUUACAGUGUUGGCUGAGAGCAUGUACGGUGACUUUGAGCAGGCUAUGGACCACCUACGUUACAGGCUAAUAGCAACACGUAACCCUGAAGAAAUUAGGGGUGGAGGCCUGCUCAAGUACAGUAAUCUGCUUGUCCGGGAUUUCAAACCAGCCUGCGAAACUGAAAUUAAGACACUCGAGCGCUAUAUGUGUUCACGUUUUUUUAUUGACUUCCCUGACGUGAACGAGCAGCAGCGCAAGAUUGAAUCGUACCUGCGCAACCAUUUUAUUGGUGAGGAAAAAAGCAAAUAUGAUUACUUGAUGACCCUUCGGAGAGUGGUCAAUGAGAGCACUGUGUGCUUGAUGGGGCAUGAGCGCCGACAGACUCUUAAUAUGAUUACCAUUCUAGCACUCAAAGUCCUAGGUGAGCAGAAUAUCAUUCCUAAUGCCAAUAAUGUUACCUGCUACUACCAACCUGCACCAUACAUGACAGACCACAACUUCAGUAACUAUUACAUAUCAAAUGGCCAGUCUCCACUUAUAUACCACCCUUACCCACUACACAUACACAUGCAGACUGGACUAGUUUAGGUCUUUAGGCGGGAAGAAAAGAUGGGAAUACGCACAGGGAAAUCCUUAAAUCUUGAAACGUAAAAAAUACACCACAAAUGAUCUACCAUUGAACAUGUGUCCCAACACUUGACUGAAAGAACAGUUUGUGUUGGAAAACACCAUGUGUCAGUUAGGAACUGAUAAUAGUUUUGACUGUCUGUGAGAAUUGCACAUACAAUAUUGGAGAUAUUGCACUAGCAAAAUGAAGGUUAAAACAUAAGUUGAGACUAAAAAUAACUAGAAGGGAAAAACUUGGCCUGUUCUUCUCUUAUUAGAGGUAGCUAAAAUUCUUGUUGUAACAAAGAAACAAAGGCAAGUGCUUUUGAUAGAAAAACUAUUUUCGCUAAUUUAAAGCUUUAUUGGCAUGAUAAAAAAGUGCAAGAGAAAUAAGCAGCAUGCAGCCAAUGCUUUAUUAUGUAGUAAAGUACUUUUGUUGUCUGAAACAAUUAAACUAAUUGUCUCGUUUUGCUCAAGGAAAGCUCACUAAGAUCAGUGCUGCAUUAUUUCCCCCCAUUAUUUUUUUUAAAUUAAGUAUUUCAUAUCUUGUAAUAUUCCCAAUUUAAUCUCGAAGCAAAAAAUAGUGGCUAAUUUGUAUUAAUUUGUACGAUCUCAUUACGAUUACAAUUUGCCCAUCCCCUAGUGAAGGGUGGGGUUAGGGGUGGUCUUUGGGGGGCACGAUUUGUUUAAAAGUUGUACACUUUCAUUCAAAUGCAGUCAUAUGAAUUUUAAUGAUUUAGCCACUUUUCUGACAAUACCUAGAGUAGUUACAUUUCCUUGUGAGUUCAAGCUGACAUUUCAUAGUACAUCUGCUAUUUUUUUAUUUAUAAUAAAGGUGUAUUAUUAGAUUUUGAAUGACAUAAUCUAGGGGUGUCAGGAUGUUUCCUUGGAACGUUACUGGAAAUAUCUAGUUAUUAUAAAUAUGUUGUCUAGAUGUUUCAGGCAUGUUUAAUGCUGUGUUUAAUGCUGUGUUCACACCAGUCGCGGAUGAAAUUUCAAGUGUUAGGUCAAUGCAAAGUGGCGAAUAGACAUGCGGCACAUUGAGCAAAUGAGGCAAUUCAAGCAAAUGAAGUGGUGCGAGUUGAGCAUUUUCUGCGUUUGACGUGCGUUUCGCACAAAUUGCUUGAGUUGGAAAAUCUAAACAUCAGCAAACAUUCGCACUCAGACAUCCCAAGUUGGGAAAAUUCAUUUUGGGGGGAGACAGAGACGAUUUGUGGGAAAUUUCGGGGGAGUGUGCGGGACGUAGCUGAAGAGCGGAGGGGGGUGGGGUGGAGU